UUAAACAAAGAAGAAACACGAAGAGAAAGAAGCUUGCAUUGACAAUGGUUCGAACAUUGACACGUCGGUUCAGCAUUCAGAACUCGAAAUCUUUCCACAUUAGGAGAAUGGCUUCAGGAAGGCUGCAGCAGAAUCUGAUCCCAGAUGGUAAUGAUGUGGAAGAUGUUGAUGAUAACCUGCAAUCAAGGGGUAUAGACACAAGAAAUGCAGAAGACCAAUCGAUGGAGCAACAGAACGUAGGAGAGUCUGGGACAGGCACUCCCCAGGAGAUGCCACAAUCAGAUAUGGAACUGAUGAAGGAAAGGUUUGCCAAGUUGCUUUUGGGUGAAGAUAUGUCAGGAGGAGGAAAAGGUGUUUCUUCAGCUUUAGCUUUAUCAAAUGCAGUGACAAACCUAGCAGCAUCCAUUUUUGGAGAACAAGGGAAAUUAGAACCUAUGGCUCCAGAAAGGAAAGCACGGUGGAGAAAAGAAAUGGAUUGGCUUUUAUCUGUAACUGAUCACAUUGUUGAAUUUGUUCCCUCACAACAGAAAUCGAAGGAUGGAACACACAUGGAGAUAAUGGUCACAAGACAAAGGAGCGAUCUGCUUGUGAAUAUACCUGGCCUGCGCAAACUCGACACAUUGCUUAUUGAGACUCUUGACAACUUUGGACAAGAAAAAGAAUUUUGGUAUGUGUCGAAAAAUGAUGAUCAAGAGAAAGAAAACAGUCAGAGGGUUGACAAAUGGUGGCAUCCAACUGUUAAGGUUCCUGCAAAUGGGCUAUCAGAAAAAUCACGAAGAUGGCUGCAGUCUCAAAAGGAUUCUGUGAGCCAGGUGCUAAAAGCAGCUAUGAACAUCAAUGCUGAAGUCCUUUCUGAAAUGGAGAUCCCUGAAAGCUACAUUGAUUCUCUCCCCAAGAAUGGAAGAGCAAGCCUUGGUGAUUCAAUCUAUAAAAGCAUCACAGUGGAGUACUUUGAUCCUGCACAAUUCCUGUCAACCAUGGACUUGUCAACAGAACACAAAGUUCUUGACCUUAAGAACAGGAUUGAGGCCUCUAUUGUUAUUUGGAAGAGGAAGAUGCACCACAAAGAUGGAAGGUCUUCUUGGAGUUCAGCUGUCAGCAUGGAAAAGAGAGAACUCUUUGAAGAGAGGGCAGAGACUAUCUUACUCCUACUAAAGCAGCACUUUCCGGGACUUCCGCAAUCUGCACUUGAGAUAUCUAAGAUCCAAUAUAAUAGGGAUGUAGGACACGCUAUUCUGGAGAGCUAUUCUAGGAUUCUAGAGAGCUUGGCUUUCACAGUCAUGUCAAGAAUUGAGGAUGUCCUUUACGCUGACUCCCUUACUCAAACAUCAUCAGCAUCACCAGCAAGCUCUGAAAACUCCUCAAGCAACGAGGAAGAUGCAGCCAGGAUGAGCACAUCAGAGACACCAACACUCUCAGAUUUCAUGGGAUGGGAUAUUGCUUCCGCAAAGAGUAAUUCAAGUGAUCUAGAAAUCUACUUUAAGGGUGAUCAUGAUAAAAAAACGUCCAAGCCUCCACUUAGCUCCACCCCAAAAAAAGCUUCCCAUCUAGAGAAGCUUGAAAACUUUAGUGGCCUAAGAAGCCCAAAAGCUCGCGAUUGAUUGAUAACGGAUAACCUUAGAAGAAAGGAAACAAGAGGAAGUAGAAGAAAUGGGGAAGAAAAGGAAUGAUGCAGGGGAGACAAAAUAGACGAA